AUGAAGCAUUCCUCCGGAUAUGAGGGUCAAGAAGUCCAUGAGAUUGUAUUUCCACGCAUUAGUCGAUCGGAGAAUAGAUUCCGAAGGAAUUCGCAAAGAAGUGAUUGGUUUGAAUCCGAGAAGAAAUCACUUUUAUUAAGCGAAACGAUUGUCACAAUCAGAGCGGAAAAUAUUAACACAACUUUCUAUGUUUUGGUUCAACCAAACGAUAACUUCAUAUUAAAUGACCUCUCAUUUGAAGAGUGGGACCAAAGGAAGGGACAAAACACAAUGAAUAGCAAUCAUAAUAAUUGUUUGUAUACCGGAAUCAUAUUGUCUCCGGUGAAGGGAAGGGCUGCCAUCACUCGCUGUGAUAAUAGCGACAAAAUGUACGCUUUGAUAAUAACGGAAAGCAAAGGGUCUUUUGUUUUACGUCCUCUGGAGUCCACAUAUUAUCGAGAGAUUAAAUCAAAAGUCAAGAAAAAGCACACAAUGUUUGAUCCAAAGCUAAAGAACGCCAAAAGAACUCUCAUUAAUAAUAAGCAUAAAAAUAAUUUAAAGACUUAUUUGAGUGGCGAUCAGAACUCAACCAAAGGAAUGGCUGACAAAAAGGCUGACAGAGAAGAUGUAUCUGAAUUCAUGGCACACGUAUUGGUUAGAGUCAAUCAAUCAGAGACUGAAUUCUGUGAUCUGGCUUUCAUUGAUGAAAACGACAGAAGAGAGGCAUUUAAUGAAUUCAUUGAAAGCAAAGCAAACAAUUCUGUAUAUAAUAUAUCGAAAGAUAUAUUUCUUAAAAGAAAGCGAAGAGCAGUGACUCAGAAGACAAUAGAGACGGCGGUCUAUAUUGAUAGACAUCUAUUGAAACGGUUUAAUGGUUUGCGUUCAGAAUUAACGCGUUUAGUAUUGGCGAUCAUGAAUGAGGUGCAACUCAUCUACACUUUUAAGUCAAUGAAAACCAGAAUCAAAAUUGUAAUCAAGAAAAUGGUUUUUCUCAGUCAACCAGACAAUAGUCCCAACACUGCAGAGGGAGAUAUCGACGAAUAUUUAGACAACUUCUGCAGCUGGCAGUCGAAGAAGUGGAGGCAAGAGAACGGAUCCAAUCGAUGGGAUCACGCGCUUAUGCUCACCGGAUUAGAUCUGUAUAAACAAAGCGGUGAUAAGAAAAACAAGAAAGUGUUGGGUCUGGCGUGGGUUAACGGUAUGUGCAAACCUGCCUAUAGCUGCACAUUAAAUGAGGGCAAGAGUUUUGAAGCGGCGUUUGUGAUCGCACACGAAAUGGGACACAGUUUAGGUAUUCUACACGACGGCACCGGCAAUAACUGUGACGGCGAUAAGUUUAUUAUGUCCGAGAAGACUGGCCCUGCAAAUGCCAAAUGUUUGGACGACGAGACCAUUUCGGGAGACUCUGAAUACAACUUUCAACGAAGCAAUCGAUUGCCUGGAGAACAAUACCCGCCUAAUAAACAAUGUCAGUUAGCACUCGGCACACAAUACAGGGCCUAUACUUCAUCCAAAGAGCCAUUCAAUGAUAUAUGCCGUGAGUUGUGGUGUUUAUCGGGUUCGUGGGCAACACCAGCACAUCCAGCACUGGAAGGCAGUACGUGUGCCGACGGCAAGAAGUGUAUCCAAGGUGUCUGUCAGAGCGCAUCGGCAUAUGUGGCCCGACGUUCAAUAGAGACCUUCAAUCAAAACUCUAAAAAACUUUUGAGACACGAAUCGGCCGAAAGUCAAACCAACCGAUUGGCAAAGAACUCGUCUAAUGAUAGUAAACACACGAAAGGCUUCUCAAGAAUAUUCAUGGAUAGCAUUAAGGGAUUCCUUCGCUCAGCAACUAAUGGCGCCCAAGACUUCUUCAAACUAUUCACCGGAUAG